ACGUCCACUUUUAAUCACCAUUCUUUUUUUUCAUGUUCCAAAAGAAGAAUGACCUAAUAAUUUUCACUUUAUUUAUAAGUUUUGCUUCAAGAUUCCACACCACAAAUGUCUUUCUUAUAAGCCAAAAACUGAGCUUCCCACAACCCUUUCUUUAAUCCAAAACUCCUAAUAAAACUACAUGGAAACACCUUCACUUUCUCCUUCUUUCCCUCUUAUGCUCUAUCACCUCCUCCUUUACCACUGAACUAUCUAACACAACAAAUCAACAACAACAACAAAAUCAACAGCAUCAAGAACAAACCCUUUUCACCAUACUCUUCAAUUCUCCACUCCAAACUUCAAUUUCUUCUGCAUAAUCAAUCAUGGGGGCUGGUGUUUCCACAAGUGCCACAGAAAAUGAUGAAGUUGGCACCUUUUCUUUGUCCUCCCCACAGACGACAACCCUUGAUGAUGUUCCUGAGAAUUGCAUCUCUUCUCUCAUGAUGAGUUUUGAUCCACAAGAGAUUUGCACAUUGGCCAGAGUGAACAAGACCUUCCUCAGAGCUUCUUCUGCUGACUUUGUCUGGGAAUCUAAGUUGCCCUCAAACUAUAAAUUCCUUCUCAACAAAGUACUUGAUCAACACACCAAUCUUUCUUCCAUCACCAAGAAAGAGAUCUAUGCCAAACUAUGCACACCCAAUUUCUUCGAUCAUGGCACCAAGGAGAUAUGGCUUGACAGAUGCAGUGCACAAGUUUGUUUGUUCAUUUCUUCAAAAGCCUUCAAGAUUACAGGAAUAGAUGAUAGAAGAUAUUGGAAUUAUGUUCCGACUGAGGAAUCCAGGUUUAAGAGUGUUGCAUAUCUUCAACAAAUGUGGUGGGUUGAAGUAAUAGGAGAGCUAGAGUUUGAGUUUCCAAAGGGAAACUAUAGUGUAUUUUUCAAGCUUCAAUUGGGGAAGCCCACAAAGAGAUUGGGCCGGAGAGUGUGCAACCUUGACCAAGUUCAUGGAUGGGACAUCAAGCCCGUCAGAUUUCAGCUAUCUACAUCUGACGGCCAGAGUUCACUCUCACAGUCCUAUCUGCGUGGGCCUGGAGAAUGGGCCCACUAUCAUGUUGGGGACUUUGCAGUUGAGAAGCCCAAUGGGCCAACAAAUAUCAAGUUUUCUUUGGCCCAAAUUGAUUGCACGCACACCAAAGGUGGGCUUUGCAUAGAUGGGGUAGUGAUUUGCCCAAAGGAGUUUUCAGAAAGGCUGAAACAGUUUUAGGGGGAGAAAUGUUAGGAACACAUUUUUUUGGACAUACUCUCUUAUUGAUUGAAAUUUAUUAAAAAUUAUUAAAGAAAAGAUGAAAAUCUUUUAUUUAGUGAGUUUUUUUUUCUUUCUCGAUUUUGUAGUUCUUAAUCAAUUUUAACCAUUAAGAGAGUAAGUUGAAAAGAAGGUGUUACUAGCACUUUUACUUUGGGGAAAGUAUAUUUGGCAUUGUGUUUUCAGUUAAUCACUUUUGUGAGAGGAAAAUUAGGUCUAGGUUUGUUUGAUUAGAUUUUAUUUUUAUUAUUUUAUAUUUUUCAGAUUGUCGGGUCUUUUAUUAAAAAAAACAAAGGAAGAAUUACUUUGGGCACCCUAUUUUUGUCAUAAAGGAAGUCCUGAACACGAAUUGGGAAGAGGAGUUACUUGUAGCAAGGCUGUUGUUGUAUUGGGUGUCAUAAUAUUGGUGCAGC